UUCGCCGAUAGAUACACGUCUUGCAAGCGCACUCACGGCAACAAAAAAGUCCUUGAAAAUCCCGAGUCAAGACUCGAACGGAUCCAAAGGUCAGAACUCAUCGCGUUCGUGUCUGAGCCACGCCUUUCCUCUAUUCGAGAGAAUUUGAGACAUCGUGCCUAAUUCCUUCACUUACUCGACAAGUUCUCAGUUUUUGGCGUGAAAGCGAAAGAAGACAAAAACAUGUCGAUCCAAAGCACCACGCAAAAGAUCCAAAUCACCGAUAAAGGUCUGGAUGCCACCACCAUCAAAAAGCUACCCGGUCCUCCGGAGUUCACUCAAGAGCUGAAUAUGCGACAAGAAACAGACGGGGUCCUUUUGGAGUGUUUCCUCAUUUAUGAGCCGGAACACGAGGCCACUUGGUUCAAAGAAGGCAGACCUUUGUUGGGCGGGUUAGAUUACGACGAGAGAUACCAGCCCUUUUUGGAACGCCGUGGGGAUUGGACUUAUUGUGCCCUGGCCAUCCGGCAUCUGUGCAAUGAUGAUGCCGGGAAUUAUUCGGUAACGGUGAGGAACAAGUACGGCGACAAGACCAACCAUGUCCGCCUUUCCAUGAAGGACCCAAAUGAGCCCCAGAAAAUUCCGGGAGGCAUUGAGCCCGCCUUCUUCCGAAAGCCCUCCUCCCGUCAAGAGGGGAAUAAACUUCAUUUGGAGUGCGAGAUCGAGGCCUUGCCGCCCCCGGAGAUCAAAUGGUUCAGAAAUGAGCAGGAAAUCCUCCCCAAUGAGCGAUACACUUUCCAUCGAGGGGUGACGCACGGCAAUCCCAACAUCCAUUUCGUCCGCUUGACCGUUUUGGACCCAUCCACUGCAGAUGGUGGGAACUACAUUGUUCGUGCUAGAAAUGCCAUGGGAGAGAAGGAUUGUACUCUGGCCUUGAAUUUCGGCGGUCCCUCGGACAACGAGGAAAACGUUCCGGCAAAGAUCUACGAGCAACCAGAACUCAAGCAACCCGAUCCGAGUGUGCUCAUACUGGAGGCCCACAUUCAUGCCAAUCCACCCCCCAAGAUCAGUUGGUUGCGCAACGGGGACUUCAUUAAGGAGUCGGACCGAGUUCAAUCCAGGAUCGAGCCCCGACAAGGCGAGAUGAACAAGUUCAAUGCUAUCUUGACCAUUACGAAUCCCAGCAAAGUGGACAGCGGGGACUACAAGUGUUCGGUGAAGAACAAAUGGGGCAAUGACCACACCACCUUCGCUUUGAAUUAAACUAACACGUUUGGUUGUUUCCUGAUGUAUCCUUGCCAUUUUCAUGUCCGUCUCAAUAACACCCAAAAAUGUCCUGUUGCUAGAAUUUCAUAAAAAGCAUCAUCCUCAUGUAAAAAAAUAUUAUUGAUUGAGAGUUAAAACCUUUGGGCAAAAGUUUAGCCCAGCGAUAUGAAUGGGAAAGGAAAGAUACGUAUAUUUAUUUGAUGUUGAGGCAGCAGAAUGCAAAACGCAGAAGAGAAUACAGGUGCUUCAAUGUGAGGGACGAAGGUAAGGCAAACUGGAGUAUUGAAUUAACAGGUUUCAUACUUUGAUAAACUCCAAAGGCUUUACAAUGUGGUUGUGCUUGGAUGAAGUUUGCUUGCUACACAUUUCAUGAAAAUGCGCUUGCUUUAACGAGUCUAAAUAUCAGUCUUGUUUUCAACCUGACGGUUCUACCAAGCUAAAUCAAUUCAAUGUCAGUGGUACA